AUCACAGCAACCCAAGCGUGCCACACGAAAUUUUGAAUAAAACUUCUGUAUAUUUCAAAAUAAUAUACUGUAUACGCUGGAGACAAAAUAAAAGUCGAAUGAAAUGGAAAACUAACAGGUAUUCAUAAAAUCCUGGAUUUGGGAUAAGAAAAAUAGUGAAGCCUACGAUGAAUAUGGACAGUUUUCAUUUUUUAGAUUCUUCAUCCAAACCAUGAUGCUACUAGGGGUCAUUCAGAUUGUCAGAGUGUAUGGCAAUAUAGAUGAAGAAAGCGGGGUAAUUAACAGUGGGUCUGGCGCGCAAAGUGGCAAUUGGGUGGAACCUUCAUCGGGUAUGCUUGGCGAUGAAAUAAUGCCUCUUUCAAAUGUUGAAAACUUUGAAGAAAACAAUGACGGUGUGGAGAAACGAGGCAAAAUAGAAAGAGUUGAAGCUGUCAAAACUGGAGCAAAGAGGAUUUGGCAAUAUAUACACCCUUAUUACCAUUGGGCGAAUACACAACCGGCACCGCCAAAACCACUGGUACAUACCGUACAGGAUGGGCAGUGCUUUGAUGAGAAUUCGCUUUGUGACGUUGGUCACGAUGAGCAAUGCUGUGGCCAUGCAUCGUACUGUGUGGACUAUUGGGGUGUUGGCAAAUGCCUUGCCUAUAAACAGCCUGAUAUUUACGACAAGCUACUUCCUGUAAGAAUGCACCGAAACAACAUGUAUAAAGCGUACAUGCGAAAGAUGCAGUAUCUCGCAGCAGCAGGCAAAUGA